GAGAGAGAGAGACGUGCGCUGCCGAUACAGUCCGUUUUUCACUUCACACACCCUGAAUGGACCUAUUCACCACUCAUGCGGACUAAAAAAGCUACAGGAUGCAAACACAAUUUCCGCUUCCAGUAAACAUUUCCAGUCCUUCCCUGGUAUCACAGGAUUCUGAGUAUAUCAAUAAAAGCUGCCGCUUUGAUGAAGAGUUCAAAUACAUACUGCUGCCUGUAUCGUACACAAUAGUGUGUGUGCUGGGCUUGCUGCUCAAUUCUGUGGCCCUGUGGAUAUUUCUGUCUAAGAUGCGUCCCUGGAAUGCCAGCACGGUGUACAUGUUCCAUUUGGCACUGUCGGACAUGCUGUAUGUGCUAUCUCUUCCCACACUCAUCUAUUACUAUGCCAACCGGAACCACUGGCCCUUUGGUACAGCCCUGUGCAAAGUGGUGCGCUUCCUGUUCUAUGCCAACCUAUACUGUAGCAUCCUUUUCCUCACAUGUAUUAGUGUGCAUCGCUACUUGGGCAUCUGCCACCCAAUCCGAUCGCUCAGCCUGGCUAAGCCACGCAAUGCACAUCUGGUAUGUGGUUUGGUGUGGGCAGCCGUGACCACAUGCUUGAUUCCAAACCUAAUCUUUGUCACCACUACACAGCGGGAUAAUGACACAUUGUGUCACGACACAAGUAGUCCUUCUGAUUUUGAAAAUUAUGUCACCUACAGCUCAGUCGUGAUGACACUGCUUUUUGGUGUGCCCUUCAUUAUCAUCAUGGUGUGUUAUUGCCUAAUGGCAUGGACUCUCUGUCGCCCCAGACAGAUUUCUGUCAGUCAGAGGAGCAAGUCGAGGAGGAAGUCCAUUAAACUCAUCAUUAUAGUGCUAGUUGUGUUUGCUGUUAGCUUUGUCCCUUUCCACAUCACCCGCACACUCUACUAUACGUACCGUGUUCUGGAGGCUGACUGCUGGAUCCUCAACAUUGUUAACUUCACAUACAAAAUAACACGGCCACUGGCCAGCUCCAACAGCUGCCUGGACCCAAUCCUCUACUUCCUGGCGGGGGAUCACCUCCGCUCCAAACUUUUCCGAGCAUUCGCUAAGAAGCAAGCGGCCAACAAUUUUCAGUCCCCACCACAGAAAAAUAAGGAACUUGCUUUGGUUUACAAAAGCCCUGCUGUGCAAGCAGGUAGUGAUUGUCCAUGCUAGAGCCAUGUAUGUGACAUCUCAAAGCAAUGUAAUUUCAUCAAAAGCAAUGCAAUACCUCAAAGUUACUUUCUGAAUUACAGCCGGGGUGGAGGAUGGUUAUGUUUCUGUGUGCUGAUGAGUCGUUCUUUAUGGCCUUUGCUGUGGGGCUGUACAUGUUCACCAUCUGCUGAAGACAAAUGCAUCAGUACUACUCGCAAGAUGUAAACAUUAACAUAAUGUUGCUGCAAUAUGUACAAGGUGAACUGUAGUCUCCUGGCAUUACCUCAGAGGCAUGUAGAUACAAAGUUCCAGAGUGGACUAUUGCUCUUUAAAGGGGUUGGGUUCCAGCAACUCUGUCAUGCAGCUGUUUUUUUCCUCCAGUGUGUGUGUGUGUGUGUGUGUGUGUGUGUGUGUGUGUGUGAAGACCAAAUGCCCCCAUAAUUAUUGUAAUAUGUGAAAAUUUGAAGACUGUGAGAACAUUUGCUUAGUCCUCACAUUUUUUUUUAUUUUUUAUUUUUUAAACUUGGUCAAAGCUAGGGCUAGGUGUAGGCAGGGGGUUUCCUAAACUUUGGAGUUCUAAGCAACAUCCCAUUUAGGCCAUCUGGUGGCUCAGAGGCCAUAAGUCAAGUCAGUUUAUUUGUAUAGCACUUUUAACAAUAGACAUUGUCUCAAAUCAGCUUUACAGAAAAAAUAAAGACUUUAAACAUGUGAACUAAUAA